AAAGUGUUUCCUUACAACAAAAUCCCCCACUUUCCCCAUAGCACAGUGCAAGGACAUGAAGGUCAGCUGGUGUUUGGAGAGCUGAAUGGAAAGCAGUGCGUUUGCAUGCAAGGCCGCUUCCACUUCUAUGAGGGCUAUAACAUUGCCACAGUCACAUAUCCAGUAAGAGUGUUCUUCCUACUCGGGAUUGAGACUCUGAUUGUGACCAAUGCUGCUGGAGGACUCAGUCAUAAAUUUCAAGUGGGAGACAUCAUGUUGAUCAAAGACCAUAUCAAUAUUCCUGGCUUUGCAGGCCAAAAUCCCCUGUGUGGACGCAAUGAGGAAAGAUUUGGAGUGCGCUUUCCCUGCAUGUCUGAUGCUUAUGAUAGAGACUUUAUACGGAUGGCCAGGGAGACGGCCCAAGAACUAGGCUGUGACUCUUUCAUCCAGGAGGGUGUUUACUGCAUGUUGGCAGGACCGUCCUAUGAGACGAUUGCAGAAUGCAAGGUUCUACAGAAGCUUGGGGCGGAUGCUGUGGGUAUGUACU